CGCCGGCCCAAUCCAAGUAGUAAUGGUAAAUUGUUGUUGCUUGCUGGCCUCUCAUAAAGUGUUACUUUGUGGCCUCCUGCGUGAAGAAGAAGUAGCGCCUCCGCGUGGGUGAAAUCGGCAACCAAUCGAGAGAGAUGGAGAUUCCUGCCGGCGAAGAAGUAGCGCCUCCGCCGGGCCCAUGUCCGUGGCUGGUGUUUGACGGCGGGGAAGGUUACAAGACGCAAACUUUUUGGUGCAACAUCACAGGGCCGCCUUCCCGGGUCAAGACAUACCAAAAGAGAAUCCCAGUUUUGCAAAACAAACAGGUUGUUUCUUGUUCCCAUGGCAUGCUAGUUCUGUACGAUGUUGAUACCAAACAGUUGUCCCUUUGCAAUUCCACCACCUUUGGUGACACCAUAGUCCUUCCCACCCUGCAUCACUUGUCGAAUUACAGGAUUGAUACCUGUCUGCUACACCCCAAUUGGUCGGAUUCUUUCAUGGUCUUGUUGUUCUUGGAAGGUUUUCCAUCCAUAAUGUGUUGUCGAGUUGGUUUUGAGCAUGAGUGGAGCGAAAUAGCAUACGGGGAGCGAUUGUACGCCUGUUUCCCCCAGGGCUUGGUAGAACGGGUCGAACCUAGACAAGGACCUUUGUGGUUAGGUGGGGCAGCUAUCUGUGGCAGCAAAAUCAUUGCUAAACUUCGAUCAAAACGCGGUGUAUCUGCCCCCAUUACUUGGUGUAUAGAGAUUGUCGUUGAAAAAGAAGAACGACUCGGGAUGUUGUUGUCUAUGGUGUGCAUGCUUGAAUGCACAACUCGAGGAUUGCACGUUCCUGUAAAGGUGUAUUUGUUGGAAUCAUGAGGGGAAAUCUGGGGUUUGUGUUUUUUCACUAAAGCUCUAGCCUUUGAGGUCUACAGACUGAAUUUUGAUGGCAUGAUCUUUGAGAGAGUUAAAGAUGUAAGGGAUAUAGCGUUCUUUGUGGGUGAGAGGUAUUGUGUGUCCUGUCCUAUAUCAGGACCCGGUCUCAUAUACUUCACCACCGACGGUGACACCGAUAAUUUAUACUGUUUCUACACACAAGAUGAUAGCAUUACGGCGUCUCCCCUUCCGGUUCCAUUGCUUUCUUCUCCAAAUUGGAUAACGCCACGAGUCCUCGUUGGGCUGGAAGAAAACUAUUAUUGCAACGAAGGCGUGGACAUCAGCAAGCAAGGAAAAAACAGCACCAGUAAAUCAAUAUGGGAGUUUGAUGAGAAUGAAGAGGAAGGCAGAAGACUUCGUGACCUUCCUUUGGAUGUGUUUGAAAAAGUCUCCAAGCAUCUCGUAGCAUUUGAUUACCUGAGUUUUCGAGCUGCGAGUAAAAUCUUCCGCUCUGUUGCCCCUCCAAUCAGUUGGAGAAGAGCACUGUCAGAAGGAUUGGGAGCUUAUAAUUUCUCUUGCCCAUUGCUCAUGUUUGCCGACAGAGAUGAGAGUGUUUACAAAUUUGUAGAUCCCAAUAUAAACAGCAGCAGUUC